AUGAUCCCUCGCCGGGCACUGAAGCCAUACCUGGCUGAGUUCCUCGGAACGGCCCUGCUCAUCGUCAUCGGUGAUGGUGUUGUCGCCCAAUGCUUGCUGUCUGACUACCAGUACGGCACCUGGUUGUCCAUCAACAUCGCCUGGGCAUCAGCCGUCUGCCUUUCCAGCUUCUUGUCCGAUCCAAGUCCGACGAUCAACCCGGCCGUGACUAUCUGUAUGGCUCUUGUGCGCCCAUCUGCAGGACAAUGGAAGAGCAUCCCUGGCAAGCUGCUUGCGCAGUUUCUGGGUGGGUUUGUCGGGGCUGCCCUCGUGUAUGUUAACUACCGUUCAGCUAUCAAGGCUUGGGAUCCCGAGUAUACCAUUCCUGGUGGAUCAAUCCUGAGCCCAACGGGCCACCAUUCCGCAGGCAUAUUCUCAACCUAUCCAGCUGCCGUCUUCGCGUCGAACUGGGAGGCCGUGUUUUCUGAGAUGCUGGGCUCAGCUGUGCUGAUGUUUGGGUGUCUCAGCAUUUCUGAUCCUGGAAAUGCUCAUCGAUUCCCCGCUCCGCAUCUCUCUCUAUUCCUGCUCCUGCUCAUGAUCGGAGCGGCACUGGGGUGGCAGACCGGCUAUGCCCUUAACCCUGCAAGAGACUUUGGUCCGAGACUUUUUUCUGCGAUCUUAUACGGGUCGGAGGUCUUCACGACUGAUGGCUACUAUUUCGUUGUUCCUCUUUUCGCCCCAAUCCUCGGCUGCGUAAUUGGCGCGAUGACCUACGACGGUAUCCUUUUCGAGGGCGAGGGAUCGCGAAUUGCCGAUGCGCUGGAUAAGGCUGAGGCUCACGGGUCUCUGCGACUGGACUAA